AUGGCCAACACCGAAACCCAACAGAGCCUGAGUUCUCUGCUGUGCACUGACGAAAGAGAUUUCUUGAUCAGAAACAAUGGAGACCAGGUGGCUCUUUUUGGUGGAGCAUUAACGCUUUUGGCCUCUCUAGCCCUGGAGGUUUCUUCGUUGAAGGUUCCAGUAUCUGAGCUCACAGGCAAGACGGUUGGUUUAUAUUUUUCUGCUCAUUGGUGCCCACCAUGCCGAGAAUUCACUCCAAAGCUUAUACAAGUAUACAAUGAGCUCAAGCAAAAUGGGGAAUCCUUUGAGAUUGUUUUCCUCUCUAGUGACAGAAACCAACAAGGUUUUGAAGAAUACUAUGCAAGCAUGCCAUGGUUAGCUCUUCCAUUUGGAGACAAAGUCAAGAAAGAUCUAAGCCAGUACUUUCAAAUCAGAGGAAUUCCAUCUUUUAUCAUAGUUGGCCCUGAUGGAGAAACUGUGACAAAAGAUGGCAGAACGAUUGUUUCUGUCCAUGGGGCCAAGGCUUAUCCCUUUACUGAUGCUUGCGUUGCAGAGCUGCAGAAAGAUAUAGAAGCAGCAGCAAAGAAAUAUCCAAAAGAAACAAAGCAUGAGCUGCACGAACAUUCUCUGCAAUUGACUCGGAGGAAGCCAUACAUGUGUAAUGGGUGUCGGGAUGCUGGGUAUACUUGGUCUUUCUACUGCCAAAAUUGUGAUUUUGACCUUCAUCCAGAUUGUGCUUUGAAGGAUAAGCACUCUGAUGAAAAUGAGAAAAAGGCGGCAGAAGUCAUAUGUGAAGGAGAUGCUUGUCGAAGGGUUUAA